CAUUUACAUCGGGUUAUAUUGUUUGACAUUGAGAAAUGUCUGAGAUGUUUUAUGAGGAUUUCACAUCUGAGACUCUGGAAAUGGACAGAGAGACAACAGAGAUGAUGGACAUGUAUGAAAAUUCGGAUGCUGUAAGAAAUGAUAAAGUGAUGAUAAACAACACGCUUCAACAUACAGGAAGAGUCUCAGUGAAGAACAGAAAACACAGAUCAGUUCAAGUGUGUUUGUGUUUACUGUCUGUUCUUCUGUUCACUGCUGUAAUAGUCAUCUGUGUCUAUUUCAACGAGAGAAACCAACUAAUAAGACACAACUAUAGAUUGACUAAAGAAAGAGAGGAACUGUACAGUUGGCUUACUAAACAAGAUCAGCGCUUUUAUAACUUUAAGUGGAUUUACUACAACUUGAGUUUUUAUUACAUUUCUUCUGAGGGGAGAAGCAGAAAUGAAAGCAGACGAGACUGUGAACAGAGAGGUGCAGAUCUAGUCAUUAUAAAUAACAAAGAGGAACAAGAGUUUUUGCUGAAGGCUACAGCUGGUCAAUAUUGGAUUGGUCUGAGUAAAGAGCUGGAGGUGUGGAAAUGGGUUGAUGAUACCAAACUAGCAUUAAGUUUCUGGAUAAAUAGACAUCCCAGACACAGUGAGACAUGUGCUGCGACAUCUUCAUCAGGAUGGGUUAGUUAUUCAUGUGAUAGGAACCAAAGAUGGAUCUGUGAGAAGAGAAUUUUACAAUCACUGAUCAUAUGAUAAAUAAACAUAAAUAAUUUACUUUUAAGCAAUAAAUAAACUAAACUGUAAAAAAUAUAUUCACUCAACUUAGAUUUUUUUAUCAUCUAAGUUCACUUAUAUUAAGUUACAAUUUUAAGUAGUUUCAACUUGAAAUGUUUUGUUCUCAUAUUUAAAUAUUUGACCCAACUAUUUAUUUCAACUAACCUGGACUUACAAAGUUUAGUUGAAAUCGUUAACUUACCUUUUCAAGUUUUCUGUACUAACAUUCAAGUUCAUUCAACCUAAAUAAUUGACCCAACUAUUUAUUUCAAGUUACCAGGACUAAAAAGGUUUAGUUGAAAUAUUGUAACCAUGUUUUUUUUAAGUUGUACUAUAAUUCAAGUUGUAAUUUAAUGUGUCUUAUUUUACUAGCUUGGAUUAGCAAAUCCAGCCAAUUAAAUAACACCUUUCCAAUAAAAGACUUAAUGGACUCUAUGCAUGCUUAACUUCUGCGUUUGACUCAAGGCUGCUCUUCAGCUUCCGGUAUGGGAGAUUUAAAGCGAAGUGAUGGCAGAAUCGCUAAAAUGUACUCGUUGUUUGCUGGAUUUACCCAAAUUUACAAUCAAUGAUGUGUGAAGAAUUGUCCAGAUGUGCAAACUCGAGAAAGGUUGCAAGUAUUGAGUGUUGUUUUAUCUCUGUAAUCAUUAAGAGAUGUUUAGAUAUCCUGUACUAGCCGGGCUUUCUGUGCUGUUUUUUUACGAUUCAUCCAGCAGGCUAAUCAUGUUAGUAAUAUAUUAAUGUCUUUGUAAUGUUGUCUUAAAGUGUCAGGUAAAAUAAGAGACACGGUCACUGCUAUAUGAGGAAAAAGCUAUUCCAACUGCAGCAGGACUGAUAGCUAAAAUGUGACGUUCAGAGUUCUGUUCUAAGUUUUUACUGUUUUAUUUUUGUAUAUUCACAUCAAUUGUCAAAACAUUUUUACUUGGUUAUUUUUUAGUUAGUAUCUUGGAACAUAGUGGAUGUAAAGAACAAAAAGCAAACGGGACUAUUGACUUUGGUAAAGUCUGUUUUAGAAAUCUAUAUUAUUUGUUUAUCCCUGGUGUUAUUUUGUAUAUUUUAAUACCCGUGUAUUUAGUUUGUUGUGUAUGUGUUUUAUUUUUUUCUGAAGUUAUUCUUGUUGUCUUUGAUAUUAAUUUUCUAUUUGUCUUUUGCAUUUGUAAUUAGGCUAA